UCGUAAUUCGACUCUUGCAGGGAUACACGCCGUUGCACAUCGCGAUGCAGUUCGGUCACGAGAAUAUCUUCAAUCUGUUGGUUCAGGUGUACGGUGCGAACCAAGAGGUACGCGACUACAGCGGAAAGAAGGCCAGACAAUACUUGGUCUCCCAGGAGGCCGCUGUCAGUCAGGACACCUUCCGCAAAAUAAAAGCAAGGAAAAAGCAUGCAGAGAAAGAUCUUGGUUUCCUGCGUAUUGGCUCGCUGAACGUACGCGUGAAACGUACGACGGAAGCGUUCAGCCAGUUCCUGGGUGUGGCAACUAGCAGCAGCGCCAGCAGCAACCACGAGAAGAUACACAAGAGCUGGGGAUCGGCGGAUAAUGUGCAGUUGGAGCAGAAGAUGAUGCCACCGCCUAAGUACGCGCCCAUCAAGAAGAGAAGAAGCCGACGAGGGCAGGAUUUUGGAUCGUCGCGAGAUCAUCAGGCUGCCAGUCAACCGAGCACUCCACUGCUUCAGGGCAAGGCUUCUCGGUCGAGUCAAUCGAUGCAUCGUCGACCGAUCUCCACGACAGCCGUCAGUUCCGCCGCGCCCAAGACGCAGCAGAACAACGACUCGGACUCGGAUACCGCGUGUGGUUUCGACUCCGCGUGGAGAGGAUCCGCGCAACUCUAGGAGAAACAUUUUAUCGCGAAACUUCCCUUCUUUGGUAUCGCGAAAGCCCGAGGCUCUACUGAAUCACCGUGUACCUUGCCUUCUGGUCUUUUAAAGUAACAAUUUUUAUCUAUCUCUAUUUUUAUCUCUAUUUUUAUCUCUCUCUUUCUUCCUCUCCGAUUAAUCGAUCAAAUUGUAAUUACUGAAGCGUAUUAUGUUCAAAAAAAAACUGAGAGCAAAUUGUUUGAGGAAAGAGUAACGAUGAUGGUAAUUGACGAGCUUAAAUGUUGGACGAGCUUGGAGUAACUUUUCGUGGAUUGUGGAAGAAUGUUAUUCGGAGCUACGAAAGUAUAAAAUCAGGAAAAAGAUCACUCGCCCUAUCGAUCCGACUAAUCUGAUACGACAGGGGUUUUAAAGGAAUUCAUUUUUAAAGAUAACUCCCGUGAUGAUUUUCCAAUGACAUUUUCUUAAGUUACAGAAACGAUCUACUUUUUAAUAUAAUUAUUAUUGUAGAGUUUGUAAGUGCCUUAAUUUAAUACCUGGAAGCAAUGCUUUAGGUUUAUCGAUGCAUUCUUUGCACAAAAGCCAAAUCAGCGUGUUUCUGUCGUAAUUGUGGUAACGAGAUUACGAUUCAUUCAUACAGGGUGUAUUGCGCACAAUUUUUUGUGAAAUACUUUUAUCAAUUAAGAAUGUGAAUACAGUCGAUGUACCUAAAUCGUAGUGAAUAGAAAUUACAAUAUCGUCUGUGUUCUCGUAUUGUCGAUGAAUAUAUUAAAUAUUUGAUCGUAGAUUUUCUAAAUGAAUUGUAUAAAUAAUUGUUUGGAAUAACAAUAAAUAAUAACUUGACUAAUUGUAAUUGCACAUACAUA